AUGAUAUCAAAAAAAUACUCACUGGUCAUAUCUUCAUUUCUACUGUGGAUAUCGGUACCAUUAUUUAAAUUCUCAAAUGCCCAGUCAACUAUAGCAUUUUGUAAUCCAUUUUUGAACCCAGGGACAUCUACAGGGUUCAAUGUAGGACUUUACUACUACAGUGAUCUUUCUUAUGGUUCCUCGUAUGACUAUACUAAAUUUGUCAGUAGUUCAUCCCUUUAUAUGUCUGGUGGUUCAUCAAAUACAAUUACUGGGGUUACAUCAUUAACGAUAAAGGUCUCACCAAGUAUAUUUACAGCGUAUAUGGCGACAGUGUACGGUAAGCUUAUUCUGGCAAAUGCCUUUGUUGCUGAAGCUACUGGUUAUUUUGUGCCUCCAACAACAGGUACUUAUACAUUUUCAUUAUCCAGUUCAGAUGAUGUUGUAGGGUUUUUUUUGGAUACUGAUAAAGCAUUCAAUUGUUGUGGUGAUGGAACAUCAGUCCCUGUCGCACCAACUACUCUACAACUUUUCCAACAGACGCCCACUACGACGGGAUCUGUAAAACUAACUUUAACACAAGGUGUUCCUUAUCCAAUUAAAUACGUUUACCUAAACCGUCAAGGGGAUGGUGCUUUCAAUCCAUCAUUUACUGAUCCAGCAGGUACGUCUCAUACUGAUUGGACUGGAUACAUCAUAACGGAUACUAAACUGGCUUCCCUGUGUCCUACCUAUCCCAAAUCAACUAGAUCAUCCCUGGUUCCAUGGACUGGGAUUUCUUCUCUAACGCUAUCAAGUUUUACAGAUGUGGUCGUCGGCACAAACACAGCAACCACAUUAGAAUAUGUUUACGUAAUUAGGACACCUUCUCCAUUUUCUCUCCCUACCCCAUAUACGACUGGUGCUACCUUUGGUACUUCUUUAGUCACUGAAAGUAUAUCGUUUUAUCGUACUACGGAUUCAUUAGGUCAUACAUUUACUGGUUCUACAAUGACAAUUCUUCCUGAUCCAAAUUAUGUUGCUCCCUUCUGUAAUCCUCCAAAAAAUGCAGUUGGGUCCGAUGGGUUCAACGUAAACUUCUAUUCCUAUACUGAUGCAAAUUAUGGUUCAAGUUACGAUUUUACCUAUUUCUUUACAAGUACUGAAUAUACUAAAGGUGGUUCAGCAGGUACCGCAUCCGGAGUCACUAGUCCUAAUUUUGCUGUUACUGGUAAUGCUCUUUUCCCUAGUGGUUCCGUUUAUGGUACUACCGUUAGAAGAACAAAUUUUGUUGCAGAGCUUUAUGGUUAUUUCGUUCCACCAACCUCAGGUACUUAUAGUUUCGUUGCUACUGGUGCAGAUGAUUUCGUUGCUUAUUUCUUUAGUGAUUCGACUUCCUUCACUUGUUGUGCGGGUGCUCAACCUUCAGCUUUCCAAGCAUCAAAUCUUCUAUUUACGGAAACAUAUACAGGUGCUCAAACAAAUAGUGCCAUUGUUAAUUUAAUUGCUGGUGUGCCCUAUCCUAUCGGUAUUAGAUAUUUGAAUCGUCAAGGUGAUGCUACAUUGAAUAUUGCUUUUAUUGAUCCAGCAGGUGUGACUCAUACUGAUUGGUCUGGUUAUAUUGCUCAAGCAAGUACUUUGAAUGCGUUAUGUCCUAAGAUUCCAGUUGUCACUAAGACGAGAUACACAACAUGGAGUGGUGCUUCUACUAUAACAUCUGCAACUUCUGAUAUUAUUGUUGGUAGUGACUGGCUUUCAACUGGUGAAAUUAUUUACGUUAUUAAGACACCAGCACCAUUCUCAUUACCUCCACCAUAUACUACAACUGUUACCAGCGGAACUCUAACGUAUUCCGGUAUUGUUUCAUAUUACCCAGUAAGUAGCACAAAUGGAUUAACUGCUACAGGUAGGACAACUUCAACAAUUCCACCACCAUUCACAUUACCACCGCCAUACACUACAACAUUUAGAAGUGGAACUCAAACAUAUUCUGGUGUCGUUUCCUAUUACCCAGUAAGUAGUACUAAUGGUUGGACAGCCACUGGUAGAACAACAUCAACAAUCCCCCCUAUCUUUUCGUUACCUCCCCCAUAUACAACCACUGUCACAAACCCAACAACUACAUAUUCGGCGGUGGUGUCAUAUUAUCCUGCAACUAGUGCUAAUGGUUGGACGGUUACAAGAACAACGACAUCUACAAUUCCACCACCAUUCUCACUACCUCCCCCAUAUACUACUACUGUUUCAAACCCAACCACUACGUAUUCAGCAGUGGUGUCAUAUUACCCAAUGAGUAGUUCUAAUGGAUUGACAGCCACUGGUAGAACAACAUCCACAAUUCCACCACCAUUCUCAUUACCUCCCCCAUAUACUACUACUGUUUCAAACCCAACCACUACGUAUUCAGCAGUGGUGUCAUAUUACCCAAUGAGUAGUUCUAAUGGAUUGACAGCCACUGGUAGAACAACAUCCACAAUUCCACCACCAUUCUCAUUACCUCCCCCAUAUACUACUACUGUCUUGAAGUCAAGCUCAACUGUUACAGAAUUAAUUUCAUUCUACGCUACUGAGGAUGCUGUAGGUAUGACUAUUACAGGUACAACUACUUCAACUAUAUUUGCAUCUACAACAACUGCGUCAUCAUCCAUAAGAGCAUCAUCUGAAGUGAAGGCAAGUUCGGAAAGUCAUACGAAUACAGCAUCAAAUAGUAAAUGUGUUUCAACUAUACCUACAACAAUUUACGGAUCAACGCAAUAUUCUACAAGGUAUUCUUAUGUUACUGUAGAUACUAUUACUAAGCCAAAGACAGUGUCGACAAUUGCCACGACGUAUUUAAUUACGGAUAAUGGAUCUGUCACUUACACAAAUCCUAUUACGAAGACUAACGUUUAG